AUUAUUGGGAAAAUUGCUAAAAGAGAACAAAAAAACAAGGUUGUUGUCCCCUUGGUAUAAAACCAACAUGAAGUUGUCUCAAUAGUAUAAUUUUUCUCAUAAUCCCAAAACUAUCCCUAUAUUUAAUCUAAUUAAACACAAUUUAAAAGUUAAUUUGAAUUUAAAAAAGAAGUUAAUGGAAAAAAUGAAAAAAAAAUUGAAAGGCAAUCGAAAAAAAAAAAAACGGUAUAGAUAUGCAUCAUAGAGAACAAGAGUUUGUGAGAAGAAUCAAAAGAAAAACUAUGGGAAAACCAUAGAUUGAUGAAGAAGAGAAGGGAGAAUCAUUUUUUCUUUAAUUUUUUCAAGUAAAAUCGACCAUAACACGUUUUAGGAAGUUAGAAUAUUUUUAGGAGAUUUUUAUAAUAUUUCCUUAACUGAAAUUUCAUUAAUUUUCGCAAAAAAUCAGGUAUUCUUAUCCGUAGAAGGCGACUUCUAAAAGUUUAGAAGAAUGAUAAAAAUUUUGAAUACAUUUUCUACUUUGAGUAGACGUAAGAGUACAUUGUAGAAAACACAUUCCCUAAAAUUUAGAAUACUUUAUAAACGUAGAAGAUGCAUUCGGAAGGAAAGUGGAUACCUUUACGAUUAGUAGAAUGCACAUUCCUCUUUUUUAGAAAUUUAGUAAAUAGUAAAAUGGACGUUCUAAAAGAAGUAGAUGAACGUGUUUAUUUUAGAAAUUGUUUUCUACUAUACUAUUUUAUGUUGAAGACGCAUUCUACUUUUAGUAGAACGUAUCUUAAAAAUCUUAUUUACCAAGUUUUUGAACAAAACAAAAUUACCAGCUUGUGUAUAUGGAUGUUUUAUUAAUUGUUUAUAUUUUUAAUAAUUUUUUUGAUUCUCAAAAUUAUUUAUUUCAUUAGUUUUCAGAAAUACAAAGGGUAAAAAGGAGAAAAAAUGGACAAAACUAGUUUUAUACCAAAGGGACAACAACCUGAUUUUUUUAUUCUCUUUUGGCAAUUUUCCCAGAGUAAAAGAACCUUGGUUUUUUUACUAAGCUUAGCCUAAUGUUCUAAUGUGAGGAUAGAUCUUCAGAUUUUACUAAUACAUCAUUUUUAACAUGUUGCCCAUAAUCUCACUUUCUUAAACCCAAACUUAUCUUUUUUUUUUCUUCAGUUUCCAGUUCUCAAGAGUCUAUAUAAGAAGACACCCUCACAACACCAAAAUAAUCAUACCAACAACAAAAAAAACUAAUUAGUAGCUCUUGAGAAAAAUGGAUUACUCUAGUGUUCUUGCUGAAGGAGGCAAUGAAGUGAACCAAGAGAAGCCUCCACCGCGAGUGUGUCCAAGGUGCAACUCAACCAACACCAAGUUUUGUUACUACAACAACCAUAGUGUGUCUCAACCACGCUACAAGUGCAAGGAAUGUCGCCGAAACUGGACUCAUGGUGGAGCGCUAAGGAACAUACCGAUUGGUGGAAGUGGCCGUAAAAAGAAGAGUACAAUGAUAGAUCAACCUUUUGUUUCUCAGGCAGUUUCUGCUGAGAUCCAACAAGUUAGUCGUCGUCGCCAACCUUUCUUACAUGCUCAAAAAACCAACCAGUUUGUUGAAUAUUUUGGUGGUUCUUCUUAUGGCUUUGAUGUUGAUAACCAUGUCGGUUCUUUUCCUAAAAUUUGCGGCGAUGGGGUGCUUCCAUUUCAAAGUUUUCCACCAAUGGAUCGCUCUUAUUUCCAUGAUGGAUUGUUUCAACAAGAUUACUACAACGUUGAGUCCAAUGAUUUGAUUGGUAAUCAUUUGAAUAACCAAUCAAUUGGUAAUCAUUUGAUUAACACAUCAAUUGGUAGUUAUAAUGUUGUGAGCUCUAAUCAUAACAGUUACAUUAAUCAAGAGCAUCGAGACAAGUGGAACCAGAGCUUAAACAAUACUAUGAACAUGAAUCAUAAUGCCAGCACCAGUGGAAGCAGAGAAUGGUGGGACACUGAUCACAUGAACAAUUACAACGGCAACAUAAAGAAAAACUGUGUGUAUGAGUCCUCUUACCAUUUGGAGAAGCAUGGUCCUUGAAUCUUAGCCUUAUUAUCCAUUUUCCCUUUCUGUUUUUAUUUUUAAGUGAUGAAAGCUUCUACCGUUGUUUCCCAAAAUUCAGACAUAAGUUGCUUGUCGGAUUUUCCCCCCUAUCUAUAAUUAUAUGAAUAUCUCUAUG